AUGAAGUACAUCCCGCUACCAAAAUUCGAUCUGAUCGAUGCUGCCCUCAAUUUCCAUCGCGAUGGACUCGAUAUCGAGGGCAGCUGCGACAUCUUCACGAUCAAAAUGACGAAAGCAGAUAAGAAGCUCAAACGCAAAAUAGACGACCAGAUUGAGCACGAGCACCAGCAGACGCUGCAGAUGGCCGCAUCGCUAUCGCCUCCGGACGCAGCACGUUUCGCAAAGUCUGCAAAUCUGACCCAAGCAUCGACGUUCGGCAACCUGAUCCAGCCGUCGAACAGACGAACAUACGCAUAUCUGAUUGGCACGCUAAACGCGAGCCAUCCGGACUACGAUCUAUCAAAUGUGCUACGACCGCAGGAUUUUUGCCGAGAACGUGACGUUCAGGAUGCCAUCAACGAAAUUGAUGCAAAGGUGCUUGGUCAAGACAAGUAUUACUGGCAAACUGGCGUUGUGUCGUCGAAGUCAAGAACGCAGUGGGGCUACGACAAAUGGCUUAUGAUCGAUGAGGAGAUGGACUUGCGUGACUGCGAGGUAUAUAACUUCUGCCCUGCCGAAAACCCUUUUGACGGCGAUGGCAUCCCGAUUUGGAGCCUACACUACUUUUUUUUCAACCGCGCCAAAAAACGGGUGUGCUAUCUGCAGGUCCGCGCCAUCGACCCGUCGUACAACCAGUACUACGACGAUGAUGACGAGGCUGACUAUGGAGUCUAUCAAAUGGACAGUGAGGAGGAAGAUACGGCAACUGAGAGCGAGAGCACCAACUCGAAGCGUGCACGCUCGAACACGGAUCUUGGGGCAUCGAAACGGGCGAGAUACUGGCUCGGCGACCGCUACCUUGGACGGAGCUCGACAUCUGAGGACGAGCGGCCACAAGUUGAUCUGGAUCAGAUACGGGCUCUUGUUGAGUACAGGCGAAAGCAUCCCGAAGAGUUUCCAGAGAUACUGGAUGAGGAAGAGGAAGACACGACCGACCGGACGACAAGUGCCAGCCCUACGCCAGCGAGCAGUGGCGAGGACAGCGACGCACCAGGUGGCAAAAAGACGCCCAAGUCACCAUUUAAGAAGGCCAUGAAAGGUAGCGACGCUAGGGCCAUGUCGGCGGAUCUGUCUGGGUCCUUCGAUCCUUGA